AGGCGCUAGAGAUCACAGCUGACAGAUCACAGGAAGCUCGGACACAUCUGAACUGACGAGGGCUGUGGCUUUGCCAUUAACGUGUUAUAUAAUUUCAUUCAGAGUGUUUGAAUCGUAAAUCAUUUGUAUUCGGGGAUCUUUUGAACCUUCUCAAGCUAUUCGAUGAUGGCUGAGUCAAGUGGGAGAUAUCAGCAGCUGCCCAGUGAGGAAGACCCAGAGGAGGGGCCUCAGGUGUGCAUCGAUGCCCCGCCCCCUUACAGCAGUAUUGGAGCAGCCAGUGAAUCCUAUUUUGAUUACAAAGACGACGCAGCAUUUCCCAAACCCCCAUCCUACAAUGUAGCCACCUCGCUUCCAUCAUACGAUGAAGCGGAGAGAACCAAAGCAGAAGCUACCGUCCCGCUGGUGUCAGGCCGACACAGGGAGCGUCUGGACACGUUUGAUGAUGUAACUCGGUGUGCGCUGGAGGAUGAGGACUUUGUGGCGAGGGACGACUUUGAGGAUGCUGACCAGUUGCGGAUAGGCAACGACGGCAUUUUCAUGUUGACGUUCUUCAUGGCAUUCCUCUUUAACUGGAUCGGCUUCUUUCUGUCAUUCUGUCUGACCACCUCAGCAGCCGGCCGGUAUGGUGCUAUAUCCGGCUUCGGUCUGUCACUUAUCAAAUGGAUCCUCAUCGUACGGUUUUCUACAUAUUUCCCGGGAUACUUUGAUGGACAGUACUGGCUGUGGUGGGUGUUCCUGGUGCUUGGCUUUCUGCUUUUCCUCAGAGGCUUCAUCAACUAUGCCAAGAUCCGCAAAAUGGCAGACUCCUUUUCCACUCUUCCACGGACCAGAGUCCUCUUCAUCUAUUAAAGUCACUCGCUGGAAAUGAAAACACAAUUACGGGCCUGCACCGAGCCGUGGACCCAGCGGGGAAAGUGUAUUUAAGAAAAAAAAUGCCUUCCAUCUGUAAUCUACUCAUCUGACAGGAAGACUGCAGAAUUCCAGAAAGACGGAGGGAGAAUUUUCUUCCCUUUGCUUUUGAACAUGCCGUUUGCAUGUCGGAUGGCUCUUUUUAUUUUUCUAGAUGUAAAACACAUAGUGGAUGCUAACAGCUCUAUACCUGAUCAGAAAUCUGUAGUGAUUUGAUGUUGAGUGCUAUUUGCAGUGUAUACAAAAGCCUUACAUAUGACAUCCUGUGUAGUACUGGCAUGCAAUGGCUACACUCCCUGUUAACCAGUAGGGGGAAGUCUUGCUUUUCAUUUCAUUUCUUUCCAUCUUUAAGCCCCCUCUUUCUUCUGUGAUGAUGUUUGACAAGAAGGCAACCAGUCAUUGCUGGUCUCCAUUCAUGAAGAGCUUUUCUCUUUGUGAAUGGUGGUGCGAGAUGAAUUGAAUCUAAAGCAGUCAAUGCUUCUUUCUUCAACUGUUUUUCUCUUUUCCUCUACAUGACAUGAAAAUAAAGUUACUGUUUAAUUCAAACUGCUUAUUUAAGAGCGCCAUUCGAAUUAAGGUCAUAGACUGCUUUUUAUAUGUAUCCAGAAGGCAUGACAUUUCUCAUCACUAAAUGUGAUUUUUUUGUGUGUGUGAUAAUCCAUGUAAAAGUUCAAUCUUCGAAUCGCACAUGUGGGUAGGGUACAAAACAGAGCACACAAAUGUUUUGCAACGAAUGAAGGAAUAAUGUUUUCCUGUAAUCUCUCUCCUUUUAUACCGCGCGGCUGGUGGCACUGUACAUUUCUGCCGUCUUUUGAAUACACAUUUAGCGUGAAUGCCUCUCCACCACCUCGCGCAGUUGGCCAGGAUAGGGGCCCGUUUGAUCUCUUUGUCUAAUCAUGCACGAUUUUUGCCGCGGCGUGUCUGCUCUUGUCACCUUGGGUCUCGUCCACGACGCAGGAAGUUACUCUUUUGUGCUCUGUUUUCCAUGCAGCUUUUGCGGUCACCCGUCGAAUUCCAAUCCAUGUGCACAUGUAUUUGCUUGUAAAUAAGAUACUGCUAUUAAAUGUCUCUGAUGUUGAACAUUGGGUGCAGAUGUUGUGGUCUUUGUCUUGGUGUU